CCCGUCCACCCGCUGCCGCCACCGUAUCCCAAAACCCCAUCGUCCCCUCGCACACCCAGUCCAAUUGCUGGUUCUUGAGCUCGUCGUAGCUGCCAAUCCACCGCGCACGGGGCGCCGGCGAUGGAGCUCACCGGGCGCGGGGUGUUCCCCAACAAGCCCACCCUCCCGACCGCCCCCAAGAAGCGACCUUCCCCGUCCCCGCAGACGCUCCUCCCGGCCGCGCCCCCGCCGCAGUCCCCCACGCUCCCGCUCGACUCCUUCCUCCUCCACCUCACCGCCACGCCGGCCCCAGCCCCAGCCCCAGUCCCGCGCCGCCACCACCACCAGCACCAGCAGAACCACCACGCCACCCCAACCCCAGCACACUCCUUCCUCUCCCCCGCCGCGCAGGCCCUCGUGCACGAGCUCUCCUCCACGCCGCUCCCAUCCCUCCCGGCCUUCCUCUCCACCCGCCGCGCCGACCUCCUGCGCGCCGCCGACCUCCCAUCCCUCCUCAAGGCGCUCGAGCUCUCCGGCCACUGGGAGUGGGCCCUGGCCCUCCUCCGCUGGGCGCGCGCCGACGGCGUCGCCGCCGCCGCCGACGCGCCCGCGCUCGAGAUGGUCCUCCGCGCUCUAAGCCGCGAGGGCCGCCACGGCGCCAUCUGCGACCUGCUCGACGAAAUGCCGCUCCCCCCCGGCUCUACCCUCGACGUCCGCUCCUACACCACCGUGCUGCACGCGCUGUCCCGCGAGGGCCGCUACGAGCGCGCGCUGGCGCUCUUCGCCGAGCUGCGGCGCGAGGGCGUGCAGCCGACGCUCGUGACCUACAACGUCGUGCUCGACGUCUACGGCAAGAUGGGCCGCUCCUGGCCGCGCAUCCUCGCGCUGCUGGCCGAGAUGCGCGCCGCGGGGGUCCGCCCCGACGGCUUCACCGCCAGCACCGUCAUCGCCGCGUGCGGCCGCGACGGGCUCGUCGACGAGGCCGCCGCAUUCUUCGCCGACCUCAAGGCCCGCGGCCACGCCCCGUGCGUCGUCACCUACAACGCGCUCCUCCAGGUGUUCGGCAAGGCCGGGAACUACACCGAGGCGCUGCGGGUCGUCGAGGAGAUGGAGGACGCCGGGUGCAAGCCCGACGCCGUCACCUACAACGAGCUCGCGGGCUCGUACGCGAGGGCCGGGUUCUGCGAGGAGGCCGCCAAGUGCCUCGAAACAAUGGUCGACAAAGGGUUGCUACCGAACACAUUCACCUACAACACGAUCAUGACGGCGUACGGGAACGCCGGGAAGGUGGACGAGGCGCUCGCGCUGUUCGACCGGAUGAAGAGGAGCGGGUUCGUCCCGUACGUGAACACCUACAACCUCAUCAUCGGCAUGCUGGGGAAGAAGUCGAGGUUCGCCGCGAUGCUGGAGACUCUCGGGGAGAUGUCGAGGAGCGGGUGCACGCCGAACCGGGUCACGUGGAACACGCUGCUGGCCGUCUGCGGGAAGCGGGGCAUGGAGAGCUAUGUCACUCGGGUGCUCAAGGGGAUGAAGUCUUGCGGGGUUGAGCUGUGCCGGGACACCUACAACACGCUGAUCACCGCUUAUGGCCGGGCCGGUUCCAGGGCCAACGCUUUCAAGAUGUAUGAUGAGAUGACCGCUGCCGGCUUCGCCCCUUGCCUCACCACGUACAACGCGCUGCUGAAUGUGCUGUCUCGGCAAGGGGAUUGGACCGCUGCUCAGUCCAUCGUAAGCAAGAUGAAGGGCGAGGGAUUCAAGCCGAAUGAUAUGUCGUACUCGCUAUUGCUCCAGUGCCAUGCCAAGGGGGGCAAUGCCGCGGGGAUAGAGGCCAUCGAGAAAGAAGUUUACCAAGGCACGAUCUUCCCGAGCUGGGUUGUUCUGAGGACCCUUGUCAUCGCCAACUUCAAGUGCCGGCGGUUGGAGGGAAUCGAGAGGGCGUUUCAAGAGGUGAAGGCGCGGGGUCACAAGCCGGACCUCGUCAUACUCAACUCCAUGCUCUCUAUGUACGCGAAGAACGGGCUGUACAGCAAGGCGACCGAGAUGUUCGACUUGAUCAAGCAGAGCGGGCUGAGCCCUGACCUCAUCACCUACAACAGCCUGAUGGACAUGUACGCGAAGAGCAACGAGCCAUGGGACGCCGAGAAGAUACUGAUGCGGCUCAAGAGCUCCAGCAAGCUGAAGCCUGACGUGGUGUCGUACAACACCGUCAUAAACGGGUUCUGCAAGCAAGGGCUGAUCAAGGAGGCCCAGAGGGUGCUGUCGGAGAUGAUCGCGGACGGCGUGGCCCCCUGUGUCGUGACCUAUCACACGCUUGUUGGAGGGUACGCGAGUACAGAGAUGUUCAGCGAGGCCAGAGAGGUCGUCAGCUACAUGAUCCAGCGCAAGCUGAGGCCCAUGGAGCUGACCUACAGGAGAGUGGUCGACAGCUACUGCAGAGCCAAGCGCUACGAGGAGGCUCGCGACUUCCUGGCUGUGGUCGCGGAAACCGACCCGAAUGCGGAUCAGAAAAUGUUGAGCACACUCUCGGCCCGUGUAGAGAGCGCCCAAUUCGGUAGAUAAUUGAACUGUCCAUAGAGUUCAGAGCUGUUUCCAUGUGUGUUUGUUACAGAGGUUGGGGAUUUCCAAGUUUUGACAGUGGGACGUAGCAUAUUUACUUGUGAAGACGGUGCUGCGAAAUGUAGAAAAAAACUGAAGCUUUCCUCUCAUUCUUAUGAAGUUAUUAUGAGAAUCACAUUCUGCUGUACAGAUGUUAGCCUAUAUAGGAGUCUGAAUGUCUGAAUUUUGA